AUGAAGCAAUUUCUGGUCGUCCUGGCUGUGUUUUCCCUGGCUGGGACUGUGACCACAGAGAGGUCAUCAUGUCUGAAACAAGCAAGAUUUGCUUCUACAAACUUAGAGAACAUCCUGACUUGGGAAACAGAAGCAGAUAUUCCCCCUGGCACUGUCUUUGAUGUCCAAUAUAAACAGUAUGGAGAUAAAGCCUGGCUUAGCAAGCAGGAGUGCCAGGGCAUCACCCAACCUUUCUGCAACCUCACUCAUGAGACAGAGAACUUCACAGAGCAUUACUAUGGCAGGGUGAGGGCCACUGGCCAGAACUUCUGCUCCUCCAACUGGGUGCGCUCCGAGAGGUUUGAACCCCGCAAAGAGACUACUAUUGGAGCCCCAGAAGUGAGAUUUGUUCCUUCUGCACGCUCCAUCAAGUUCCUCAUCCAGCCUCCCUAUACCCCCCUGAGGGAUGAGGGUGGCCACCAGCUAACUGUGGAGGACAUCUACAGCAAAUUUGGUCCUGUUGAUUAUCACUUAACAAUGUUCAACCAAAGGACACACCAAAAGUGGAAAAAGAGUGAGCACAGCAAAGAAUUUGAAGUCCCCAACUUGGAGCCUGACACUGACUAUAAUGGAACAGUCCAUAUCUGCCUCUUCCAGAAGAGAAGCAAACCUCAGGUGUUCUGGGUUAGAACACAAGCAGACACCACUUGGCUGCUCUACUGCUUCGUGGCACUUGCCUUCUGUGCUGGCUUGGUGUGUGCUGCCAUCACUUAUGUGAUCUACAAAUACAUCAAGCAGCAUGGUGCCCAGCCUACAUCUUUGGACUUCAAAGGGAUUGCACCAUUCCAGCCUCUUACCCUGACAGUGGAACACAUUAUCAAGCCCAUCAGCCUGUCCAAACCUCCACUUCUCUUCCCUGAAGUGCAGUUGCCACAGACCAGCCACCUCCUGGGCAGAGCCCUGGAGCCACCGUGGUCCUUCCCUCCACCAGCAACUGCCUAUCAGCAGCAGAUGGCUGUGCCAACACUGCAGCCCCCCAGCUUGGCAAGCAGCACAGCUCCUUGCUGUUAUGCUCCUCAGCUAGGUGAGCAGAGUGCUCCUGCUGCCACCUCCAGCAGGAAUCUGUCCCUGACCUACGGCAUGUGCGUCGAAGGCACCGAGCAGCUCGACAAGGAGGGCUCAAAGCCAACCCAAAUGCUGAAGGAAGUUUCUCAAGGUGGAAAUCUCACAACCCAGGGGCUGGAGAAGAGCUGCAGCCAUUGGGGUUACAAAGGCCAGGGACCAAACUGGGAUCUGUGGCCCAGCAGUGACACAAGAGAGUUGGUUUGCUGGCAAAAGCAGCAGCUGCCACUGCAGACUGCAGGGGUGGGGAGCAAUGAGCCUGUACCCCAGCUGCCACUGGCCUUGCUGGAGCAAGGAAGAUGCUACAGCCAGCAGGCAGUGUCCCCAGGGACAGCUGGCACAGACUGUCUUAGGGAGGAGGAGUCACUACCAGCUCUCCUUUCCUCUGUCAGUACCAGGAACAACCUCCCUGGAGAGGACAGCUCAGGGCAGUGGCUGCUGCCACAUUCACAUCCCACAAGGAAACUGCAGCUCCCAGGGACUCCGGAGCCAGAGCAGCUCAAAGCAACAGAGGAACUGAGCUGCACAGAACUGAGCAAUGCUGUGUGCCCAGAUGCUGGGGACGAUGACACUGUCCUUGCUAUGUUCUUCAAAGACUUGAACUUGAAAGUGGUGUGGGAUUAG